UAUAGACACAGGAAAAGAUUUAUGGGUGUGAUUGUUUGGAAGGAUCUCAGAUAAACCCAGAUUUUUCUUGCAGAAUGGAGCUGUAACGAAGAGGAAUGAGUACUGGAUACCAGAGACGAUAAGACAGAAGGAUUUCAAAGUAUUUCAGAAUUAAAGCGGGAUUGAAUUCCCAACACUUUUGAAAGACACCCAAUGGCGCAGUACGUGGUGUCCAGACCACUUUACACAGAGGAUGCCUUUACAGAUGACUAUGAGAAAGUCUGGCGGCAACACAAGACCAUGCUGGACCAUGUUAAACAAUACUUCACUUGCAAUUCAAACCGAGCAAAAAAUGCAGCCUUGUCUUUGCUGCCCAUCAUUGGAUGGAUGAAAUUGUACAAUGUCAGAGAAUGGAUAUUGGGUGAUAUUGUAUCUGGAGUCAGCACUGGACUGGUGGCUGUACUGCAAGGACUGGCAUAUAGCUUACUUGCAUCUCUUCCUGCCUGGUAUGGGUUAUAUGCUGCCUUUUUCCCUGUGAUCAUCUACUUUUUCUUUGGCACUUCUCGACACAUUUCUGUGGGAGCAUUCCCAGUUCUGAGUCUCAUGGUAGGAUCUGUAGUGACCAGGCUGGUACCUGAUGAGGGUCCUGUGGCCAACAUCACAGGCUUCGAAGGGCUUACAAUGGACCAGCAAAGAGCUAUGGUGUCUGCCUCACUAACCUUCCUCAUUGGUAUUUUCCAGCUUGCCAUGGGGUUGCUGCAGGUGGGCUUCAUAGUCAUUUAUCUGUCUGAUACUCUUGUAUCUGGGUUCACUACUGCUGCUGCAGUUCACAUCCUGGUGUCACAGCUCAAAUUUAUUUUUGGGCUGAAGGUACCAGGCUUCAGUGGCCCACUCGCCCUUGUAACAAUCCUGCAGAAGACCUUUGUGCAGAUCACUUCCACAAACAUCCAUGAUUUGGUGACGUCCAUUGUGGUGAUGUUUGUUGUGUUCAUUGUGAAAGAGCUCAAUGAUAGAUAUAAGAAAAAGCUUCCGGUGCCCAUCCCAAUAGAAGUCAUCAUGACUAUCAUAGCAUGUGGAGUAUCCUAUGCAUUCAAUUUCCAAGCAAAUUAUGGAGUGGACGUUGUAGGAAAAAUACCAGAUGGAUUUGAGGCACCUCUUGCUCCUAAUCUUCAGAUAUUUCAGGAAACAGCAGUAGAUGCUUUUCCAAUGUGUAUAGUGGGUUUUGCUGUGGCCUUUGCUGUGGCUAAAGUCUAUGCUGUCAAACAUGAUUAUGUUAUCGAUGGAAACCAGGAACUCAUAGCUUUUGGUGCAAGUAACAUCUUUGGUGGAGCGUUCAAAUCGUUGGCAGCCAGCACAGCUCUCUCCAGGAGUGCAGUACAAGAGAGCACAGGAGGGAAAACACAGGUAGCUGGUCUUCUGUCCGCCAUCAUUGUCCUGAUAGUAACUCUGGCCAUAGGGUUCUUGCUUGAGCCACUGCCAAAGUCAGUGCUGGGUGCAGUGGUAAUAGUGAAUCUGAAAGGGAUGCUGAUGCAAGUGUCUGAAGUCCCUUACCUCUGGAGGAAGGAUCGGCCUGACUGCAUUGUUUGGAUUGUGACCUGUGUGGGCUCCAUCUUGCUGGGACUGGAUAUUGGCCUUGCUGUGGGACUCGGAAUAGAAAUGAUUGCUGUUGUCUUCAGGACUCAGUUCCCACACUGCUGUGUCCUGGCAAACAUCUCUGGCACUGACAUUUACAGAAACCGCAAGGACUAUGUCAAUAUAUAUGAACCAGAGGGAGUGAAGAUUUUCAGAAUUCCUUCACCAAUAUUCUUUGCAAAUAUUGAUUUCUUCAGAGGCAAACUGCUUGAUGCUGUGGGCUUCAAUCCCUUGAGAGUACUGAGAAAGAGAAAUAAAGCCCUGAGAAAAAUUAAGAAGCUAAUUAAGAAAGGGGAACUAAGAGUCACAAGUAAGGGACUACAGGCCACAUGCUCUUUGCCUAUUGAAGAGUCAGAAGAUGAGAGCAAUAUGGAGGACUUAGAUCAGCCAAUAGACUUCUCAGACCUUCCUGUUCAGGUGAACUGGAGAGCAGAGCUUCCUGCCAACAUCUCUGUUCCUCCAGUGGACAUCCACAGUCUUGUCCUUGACUUCUCUGCUGUCUCCUUUCUUGAUAUCUCAGCACUCAAAGGACUUAAAACGGCUUUAAAAGAGUUUAUCCGCAUUGACGUUGAGAUCUACAUUGUGGCCUGCGAUCCCUACAUCAUUGAGAAACUCAAGAGCUGCAAAUUCUUUGAUGAUGAGAUUACAACAUCCAUCUUUUUUCUGACCCUCCAUGAUGCAAUGCUGCACAUACUUUAUCUCCAUCCGCCCCUCAGCAUUAGUGAAAAGGUAAAUAUCAACUCUUGUGACAAGCUAAAUAAUGGAAUGAACCGCUUGCGCAACAGAGAAAAAACAGGCAAGGAACCAGAGACCAGGUUCAUUUUGCAAAGACAAAUGGAAAAAGAGGUAGAACUAGUGGACAAACUCUAUUUGGUGGAAAGACAGGUGUUCUCUGAAGACUCCUUUUCACAAGAACACAAAAGGAAUGACAGGAUACACAAGGAUCUACUAUAUCAUGUUAAGAAAUACUUCACGUGUGAUUCAAAACGUGUAAAGAAUGCAGCAUUAUCUUUGCUCCCCAUCAUUGGGUGGAUGAAAAUAUACAGAUUUAAACAGUGGCUGCCAAGUGACAUAAUAUCUGGAGUCAGCACAGGACUCGUGGCUGUACUGCAAGGACUUGCAUUUUCCUUGCUGGCUACCUUACCACCAGGAUAUGGAUUGUACUCUGCAUUUUUUCCUGUAUUGACCUACUUCUUCUUGGGCACAUCCAGACACCUGUCAGUAGGUCCUUUUCCCGUUUUGAGUCUGAUGAUUGGUAGUGUUGUGGAGGGAUUGGUAGCUAAUGAUACCUCCAAGCCUGUUAACAUUACUGGAUUUGAUGAGCUGACCAAGGAUCAACAGAGAGUUGUAGUCGCCUCUUCUGUCACAUUUCUUAUGGGCAUUUUCCAGCUUGCCAUGGGGUUGCUGCAGGUGGGCUUCAUAGUCAUUUACCUGUCUGAUACUCUGGUAUCCGGGUUCACUACUGCUGCUGCAGUUCACAUCCUGGUAUCACAGCUCAAGUUUGUGCUUGGGUUGGAUGUACCAGGCAAAAGUGGAGCAUUCAACAUUUUCUUUACUUUGGAGAAAGUUUUUACACAGCUCUAUAAGACAAAUAUAGCUGAUUUGUUGACCUCCAUUAUAAUCAUGGCAGCGGUGUAUAUAGUAAAGGAGGUCAACGACAAAUUCAAGCUACCUGUGCCCAUUCCAAUUGAACUCAUUGUGACCAUCAUUGCUUGUGGAUUCUCUUAUGGAUUUAAUUUUGAAGAAAAAUUUAAUGUGACUGUUAUUGGAAACAUGGUGAAUGGAUAUGAAGCGCCAUUUGCUCCAAAUGUGGAAGUGAUGAAACAAGGUGCAGUAGAUGCUUUCGUUAUAGCUAUAGUGGGCUUUGCUGUGGCCUUCUCUGUGGCUAAAGUCUAUUCUGUCAAGCAUGACUACGUUGUUGAUGGAAAUCAGGAGCUUAUUGCUUUUGGAGUAAGUAAUAUAUUUGGAGCAGCUUUUCGAUCCUUUGCAGCUAGCACUGCACUUUCCAGGACAGCAGUACAAGAAAGCACAGGGGGAAAAACACAGAUAGCAGGUCUAAUCUCAGCAAUUAUAGUACUGAUCGUCACAGUUGGAAUAGGAUUCCUACUUGAACCACUGCCCAGGUCUGUUUUGGGAGCUCUUGUGGUUGUGAACCUGAAAGGCAUGCUGUUGCAGUUCAGAGAGCUCCCGUACCUUUGGAAGAGGGACAAAGCUGAUUUUGUUAUCUGGGUUGUGACAUGUGCAGCCUCCAUUAUUCUGAGCCUGGACCUGGGACUAGCUGUGGGUCUCGGUAUGGAACUGCUCACAGUCGUCUUCCGUACUCAGUUUCCACGUUGCUCUGUACUGGCCAACAUCAGAGGCACUGAUAUCUACAGAGACCACAAGGACUACAUGUCUAUUUAUGAACCUGGUGGAGUUAAAAUAUUCAGAAUCCCCUCACCAAUAUUUUUUGCAAACAUCGAGUUCUUCAGGGAUAAACUAGUGCAAGCUGUGGGAUUCAGUCCACUUAGAGUUUUGAGAAAGAGGAACAAGGCACUGCAAAAGAUCAGAAAAAUGAUAAAAAAUGGGGAGUUACACAUAUCACCUAGAGGCUUUGAGUCCAUAGGUUACUCAACUAAUGAGAUGUCAGAGGAUGAGAGCAACAUGGAGGACUUAGAUCAGCCAAUAGACUUCUCAGACCUUCCUAUUCAGGUGAACUGGAGAGCAGAGCUUCCUGCCAACAUCUCUGUUCCUCAAGUGGACAUCCACAGUCUCAUCUUGGACUUCUCUGCUGUCUCCUUCCUUGAUAUCUCAGCACUCAAAGGCCUUAAAAUGAUAUUAAAGGAAUUCAUUCGAGUGGAUGUGGAAAUCUACAUUGUUGCAUGUGAUGGUAAUUAUACAUUUAAGUUUGUUAUUACAUUUUUUAGUUGCCUUUUGUCAAACAUUAACCACUCAAGGACUGUUUUUGCAGUGUAUAUCUUGGAGAAACUGCACAGUUGCAUGUUUUUUGACGAUGAAAUCAAGACGUCCAUGUUCUUUCCCACUCUUCAUGAUGCCAUGUUGCACAGUUUGAAGAAGUACCCAGAUAAUUCAAAGGGCAAUGUACAGGAGACAUGCUUCAAAGAGACAUACGGCCAGACUAACGGAUUAUGCCGGAGGAGAACUGAAGAUUUGUUUAUUACAAGUCUAUAGAUGUUUUAUAUCAGCAAAAACACAGAACACACAAUGCACAUGCAUGCCAUAAAAUUGUAUCACCUCAGAUGUUUAUUACUAAGCUGUGAGUUAGGUGUCUGUGACCACCAAAUACAAAUACUAAAAGAGCCCCACAUAUAUAACACAAAAGUAGGACUAUUAUGUCAUUAAUAGACACAGCACUGUGAAAACUUUUACCUGAGGUACACAAUAGUGAUGGGAAUUCCAACUCUUUUUGUAGUGAGUCACUUGGCUCAGCAAUAAGAGCCAAUGCUUUCAGCUGCAAAAUGGCUCCUUCACAGUUUUGCAUAUCUAUUGCUUAAAUCAUUAUUUAUAGUCUAACAGUUUAAGAUCUAACAUAAAACCAGCAAUGUGCUACAUAGGUGCAACAGUGUGCUGAUGUAACUGCACUUAAUAUGACUCAAUAUAAAUGAUGAGAGGCAUUUGAGUCAUGCAUGCAGAGUGCUGAGGAAUUUUCAGAUUAUGGCUCUUCAGAUAUCUGCUUGAAAAUGACAGAUCACUAGAACACAAUUUUUCUGUUCUUACUUGCUUUUAUAUUUUUACUGAAUUUUAAUAAAUGUUAUUCCAAAAUUCUGUCCUUACUGUAUUGUCAUUAUUCUCUUUUAAAAAAUCUACAGAACCUGCUUGCACUGAUCGGUGGUAUGAACUUAUGGGUGUUAUAGGACCACACAUGGUCACCUCACUGUAUAUGGUGGCUCAGGAGUGAAGACAGCAGUUGGAUUCGUCCAUCUGUGAGGCAAAUUUGUAGCUGAAAAGUGUACGUUUAACAGGAAAUCUUUACGUGUGUUAUCUCAAAUAAGAUGGUGGCCUUUUGGGUUCCUUAGGUGAGGUUAUAUACAUUGGAUGCACCUUGGCCCUUCUCUGAAAUCAAGAGCGACAGCAUUUGCUAGUAAACUUUAAUGGCUCAGCCAAAGCUCUAUUUAAAAAAAGAUGAAAAAAAAACCCCACUGAUAAUAAAAUCAAUCCUUAUUGAGUAUUUAAUUUGUAUUACAUUCAUGAAGCAACACAUUUGACAAAAUUUUUUAAAAAUAUUGCCAAAUACUUUUUUU